AUGGUCCAUACAGGAGAAGAACGUGCUGUACACCUGGCCCGAGAGGCUGUUGAACUCGUUGACGCGGGCCAUCGGGAGGCUGCCUCCCGCAACCUCCGAGAAGCCCUAUCCAUUGCCCCCCAUAACGCACAAGUCAAAGCUGCAUUCCUGAAAGUGCAGCAAGAGGACCAGGAUGGCCACCAGCUAUUAGACCUCUGUCGGCGAUACACCCAGAACGAUGAGAAUGCCGGGAAAGAAGCCGCCGCGUAUCUUCGGACGGACGGAUUGAAGUCGCCCGAAGGAGUUGCUUUGGAAUCCCUCAAGAUUUUGCUUGCGCAGCGACCGCAAUCCCUGUCGCUCACACAGGAUGAGAUCAUCUCCGGAUUGGUGCGACAAAAUGCCAGUGUGAGGCAAUACUUCUCCACCCAGCUCCAAACCUCCGUCACCGCGUUUUUCGAUGAGAUAUACGACCGCGGCGAUGGAGCCGCGGUGUGUCUGGACACUGUGGUCUUGGAUCCCACAGUGUGGACCUCGGAAGACACGCGCUCCCAUUGCGAGGGCGAGUUAUUCCAAUUGUUCAUCGCCAAGCUGAUGGAAUCUGGCCAUGACCUUGACGGACGUUCUUUGAAAGGAAUUACAAGACUACUUGCGGUUCACGCCGAUGAACUCCAGCAUUUGAUUGACGACGAAGGAUUUGAGGUGAUUCUGUCGUCCUUGGAUUAUCGACUCCCCUUGGAAGUGCGAAGCCAGGCAACACUAGCCACCGCCAAAUUCCUUGAAGUCGCCAAGGAAGCUGGGGAGAAGAAGUUUUUGGCAUUGAUCAUGUCCAUCAUCGGCAAAGGUCGAGUCGAUGACUUGAUAGUUGCUUUCUCUGCGCUGGCCGCAAUUUUCCCCGUGGCUCCCACGGCGGCAGCAAACCUAUUCUUGUCCGACGAGUUCCUGGCACAUCUUACUCCGUUGGCAAAUCGCGAAGCCAAGAGCAAAAAGGUUGACAUUCCCGUGCUGGAGUUGCUCAAUGCGGCAUGCAUCAACCGUCCCUGCCGAGAGGCCGUCUCCAAGAAAUUCGGAGAGUGGUUAUCGCAUAACCUGACCAAUGGCAGCGAUGCUGGUUCGGAACUCGCAGCGGUGGCCUUGGCAAAGAUCCGGGCAUCAGAGCCGGAGAAGCCUUCCACUGGCAACGGUAAGGUCUUGGAGGAUGAUGACGAGUCUGAACUCGUGCACCGUUUCAAGGGACUGAUGUCUGAAAGCAAGGUUGAGAACAGUUCCCACGCAAUCGAAGGCUUAGCCUACACCUCGGUGAAGCCUGCCGUCAAGGAAGAACUCGCCCAUGAUCAUGCCUUCCUUCGAAAUCUGAUUGCGACCAUGAAACGAAACAGCGCCGACUCCUCAGUACUUUACGGCGGCCUGAUGAUUGUCCUGAAUCUCACCAAAUUCCUUCCUAAUAUUUCCGAAGAGCAAAAGAAGAUGUCGCAGCUGAAGGAUUACGCGGACGCAUCCGCAGGAAAGACCAAAGCAGCAGCAGUCCCGGAUAGUAGAGAUGAAGAAGAGGCUGUCUUGGCACGAUGUGCUGCGCUCAUCGAGGCAGGCAUUAUGUCCCUCCUGGUUGAGUGCGGUCGAAUCGCACUCCCAUCCACCAACGAACUUACAGCCAAGAUCCUGCAAGCCUUGACGAGGCCUCAAAAGUCCCGGGGCUCACUUGCUCAACAGGGUGCCGUGAAGCUGUUACUCGGGCUUGCGGCUCCAAAGCAGAGUAGCUCUGGUCCUGUCACAAACGAAACUACACGCAUUGCAUCUCAUGCGCUGGCCCGCAUUCUCAUCUCCGUUGACCCUUCCCACGUCUUCCCUUCGUCUGGAUUCCCCCAAGUCACAUCUGCCGUUCGCCCUCUUCUUUCUCUUCUCUCAUCCCCGGAGACUAUCUCCCUCUCUGCCGACCAGCCCCGUGACCUUCUUCCUGUUUUCGAAAGUCUCCUCGCUUUGACGAACCUCGCCUCUUAUCCCCAUGAUGAUUCUGCUGCUGAGCUCACAGUCCGGGAAGGCUGGUCGGCAGUAGAAGACCUCCUCUUGUCGAGCAAUGCCCGGGUUCAGCGCGCCGCCUGCGAGUUGGUCUGUAACCUGAUGGCCUGCGAAUCUGGCGUGAUCAAGUUUGCCGAUGGCUCCAAGCAAGCCUCUCAGCGUCUCCAUAUCCUCCUUGCUCUAACCGAUGCCGACGACUUCCCCACUCGACGAGCUGCGGGUGGUGCUCUUGCCAUGCUGACAGACUUCGAUGCCGCUAUUGCUGCUGUAUUGGAUCGUCCCCGGGGUGUGGAACUCCUCUUGGGAUUAUGCCAAGAGGACGACGAUGCCCUCGUGCAUCGUGGAGUAGUUUGCGUGCGCAACCUUACCUGUGUCGCAACAGGUGACAUCGGAUCCCGUGCGCGAGAGGCCGUUCAGACCGCGGGAGGAAUCGCAAUUCUCACCGCUUGUAUCAAGAAAACGAAGACGCAAGCGGUGCUCCAAAUUGCGGUGGAGGCCUUGAAACCCCUGGUUCAGUGA